AUGUGGGAACAGCAGCCAAAACCUGUGACUUCUCUCCCGUUACGCCCACUGGACUCCACCAAUGAAAGGGUGUCGACAUCGUCGUCUUCCAGUCGCUCCGACAGUGGGAGCUACAGCUACAGCUACUCGGAAACAGAGUCCGCUACGGAGACGGGGACAGCGUCGACAGUGACACAAGAACCACCGCUAACCGGGCAAAAGAAGUUUUUAUCCUUCCCGGAUUUGCCACUGCCUGUGCCACAACCGCCACGGCCUAUUACAUCAUCUCAGGUUAAUCAACCGAUUUCUGCUGAAGCAAAAAAGGAAAGUCCAUCCAAUACCAAUGGCGCAUCAUCCGAUAGCUAUGGUGAUAGCAAAGGGUAUGGUUACAGCUACAGUCACAGCUCCAGCAGUAGCGAGGAAGAAGACACGGGGAGUAGUAGUGGUUCUAGCUACAGCUACAGUUAUAGCACGGAGUCUACGAAAAAAGGCAAAUAUUACGCAACACAAGACAAGCGGUUGAAGUCAACUCAUGAUGUGAAACCUGAGGAAUCAUCCUUGUCCUACACAUACUCGGAAAGUUUAUCCACGGAAAAGGGACGAGGAGAGGGUUCCGUGACCCACACUUACAGCAGUACGACAUCUGGGUCCCGCAGUCGCAAUGGCUCCGAUUCGGUUGGGACAGAGGGCAGCGAAAGCUAUGGGUACAGCUACAGCAGCUCGACAGACGGAAGUACCACAACAUGGGCCUCAAUGCCGAGGGUGAAAAAAGUCCCAGGAAAAAUUGCCGAAUCCACUAAAGGAACGGAGGAAAGCAGCACGAGGGAUAUAAAAAAGGACGUUGCAACUAAGGGUUCUCAGAAUUAUUCUUACUCGUACUUGUGCACUGAGGAUGAGAAGACGAGAUCUUCUUCGAAACACCACGUUUCCUUGUCUUCUACAGAGUCGAAGACGUCGGGAGUGAAGGCAGCUGGGGGCAGCACAAGCAUAGGAAGUAGACUUUCUGAAUCAUUGGACAUCAAACCCAAUAAAGUAUCUCCACUUUCUCUGUCUACCAGUAAGAGUGAGAAGACACCGAGUAAUUCGUCAACGAAUUCUCUGAUAACGGGUAGUAUUGGAAGUGGCUCGUUGAGAGACUCCAGUGUGAUUACGCAGCAUGAUACAACUUCGACGUAUACAGAAGAUAGGGAGGGCCUGAGUCAGGGGUCGGUGCUGACGGAUGUACCGCCCCCAACAGCAUCAAUGCAGACUCGUGAGGUGAUUGUACUAAGGACGCCACCUGAGGAGGCACCACGUUUUCGUGUUUUGCCACGCAUCUGCCUGGUGCCCCGUGGCUCGGAAAACGACACGCUUUCGUUUUUUCUUAAUCAGCUGAUGUGGAUUCAAAGUGAUUUCAUACGACGAGAAGCGGAGAAGGAGACAACGGAAUCAGUUUUGACAGCGAUAAAGGGCGACGGUACAAAGUCAACAGAGGCAAGGUCCAAGUCAAAAACCAAGAAAGGCAUGGUAAAAGAAGAGCAGCAAGCUUUGGGGGAUGUACCGCAACAUCAUUUUAUUAAGAAGAGUUUGAAAUUUGCAUUAAAGGCCGUUGGUGUAGAAACUGCGGAAGAACGUGCUGUCGCAUUAAGGGAAUUUGUCAUGCCAAUGCAUCGUGAUGCCGCACUGUCAAUUUUGGAAACUUGUGCACAUAAAUCAGUUUUUAAACGGGUGAAGUCCAUGUUUCUGGCGCAUGAUAAAUUUCAGUCGGGGGAAGUGCCAUUGGAUGUGACACUGGAAUUGCUAGGCCGUUGCGGCAUCGCACACCGUAACAUGGAAAACCUCACACUGAGUAUAUGUACCUCUUUUUCGAAGGGACGUACCCCGUUACUGUGCGUUAUUCAACGGAUGCCACCCUCUGGUCCUCCCAUUGCCACUGUUGAGGGUGAGGAACCAAAACCGCUUGAGACAAAAAUGAAUGAGGAGGUGGUCGAUGUGUGCAACAGCGCAUUGCGUACGGGUGGUGCAGCGGUCUAUUGGGAUGAACGAAGGGGUUGUAUUUACGUUGGAAAUCGAAGCGUCAUGAAAGCGAUUACAUCAUCUGACACUGCUAAACGUAUUGUUGUGCAGCUUGAAGCAUUAAUUUAUGUUUGCUUUGCUCUAGAGGCAUGCACCAUAGAGGAUAAGUCGUUAUCCGCGGUUCUAUACACCCCGUUACUCGCCGCCCUUUUAUCUUGUACGUCUAAAGAUGUUCCAGACACAAAGUCCGUCUUGGUUGAAAACGCAUUGGUAUCCGUUUUAAACCCCUUAAAGCAUCUGGAACGAUUGUCUGCUCAUCGAAAUCUACAAGAAAAAUACCUGAUGAGCGGCGAGGAACCCAUUUUAUCGGAUACACUUCCUGAACGCCUGCAGGAUUUUAGAGGAACGAUGGUAGAGAGGCUGCGUCGACAGGUUACUUGGGCGCCCAAUCCUACUUCUGAUGGAGGCGGUUUUGAAAUGACUCCGCCGAUGGAUCCCGACGACGUGUACUGCGAAUUGGGGAUUAAGAAGUUGCGAUUGAAGGAAUUGACCCCUGAAGGGGCGUGCUGCUACUGCCUGGUAAGUGCGAGGACGACGUCUGGAGGGAAUUGGAUGCCGACAGUUCGCAUUCCUGUCGUGUCCAUAAAGGCUUCUAAGAAGAAUGGGUUUAAGUGGAAGUUUUCCCGCGAUCACAGUCAACGUGUUUUGUUUGCGUGCAAAGCGACGGAUACAAUUUGCAUUGAGGCCUGUUACGACGUGGAAGAGAGUGCCGGUGAGACGGUGACGUGGUGUGUUGGUCAUGUAUUGGUGUCAUGCAGAGGGGCAAAGAGCGGUAAACUCUCUAUUUCCCCAGGUAGUCUUUUCUCCGAUUUUGUCACUCCCGUUCCGGUGACAAAACUCGUGCAGCCCUCGAAGGGCCUCUUUUGUUCUUUGAAGCGAAAGAAAAAUGCGACGCCCGCCAUCUCCAUGUCGAUUUUGGUGACAUGUGUGCAUUCGAAUUCUCUCCCAGCACGUGCCAGCGUGCCGCCGAGAUUUCUUGCAUUUCGACGACAUGUGCCACUGAUGGCGCAGCUGCGGGAUGCUAUAAUGAACGUUGGCGGAUCUCAAAUGACCCCUUUGCAUGUUCUCCGUCAGCAACAAGUCCAACACGCUCUCGUCGUGAUGCUGAAUCCCACGCUUAUGGAUCAGCUGCAGGAGUUAUGGGAACGUACAUUGCAGGGUAAGAUGGGGACGAAGCCAACUGAUAUAGUGCAAAAGCAAAGGGCGCUUCUGACACUCGCCACAAAGGUGUUUUCUGUCCAUAACAACAUUUCCGGUAAUCAAGCGGUUAUUACGAAUAUUGUGGGACGUGGUGCAGCUAUCCCAGUUUCCGUCAACUCCCUUGCACCUCGGCGUCCUGUGUUUGUUUGA